CAAAGUGCCAGCUUUCCUGAAUGUGGUGGACAUUGCUGGUCUAGUGAAAGGUGCUCAUGAAGGCAAGGGUCUUGGGAAUGCUUUCUUGUCCAACAUCAAGGCUUGUGAUGCUAUCUUCCAUGUUGUUAGAUGUUUUGACGAUGAAGAUAUAGUUCAUGUUGAGGGGGAUGUUGACCCAGCCAGGGAUCUUGAAAUCAUUCAUGAUGAGUUAAGAUUGAAAGACCUUGAAUUCCUCAAAAAACAGAUGGAACCUCUUGAGAAGAUGGUUGGACGCGGAGGAGACAAAGGAAAGAAGGCAGAGUUUGAUUGUUAUCUGAAAGUUAGAACUCUGCUGGAAGGCAAAAAAUGGGUCCGUCAAGGCAGCUGGGAUGCAAAGGAGACUGAGGAACUGAACAAGUCUCUAUAUCUAACAGCAAAACCUGUGAUAUAUCUGGUGAAUCUGUCUGAAAAGGAUUACAUUCGGAAGAAAAAUAAGAGGUUAUUGGGAAUCAAAGAAUGGAUUGAUGCUAAUGACCCUGGAGCUACAGUCAUCCUUUUCAGUGGAGCUUUGGAAUUAAGACUGGCAGACAUGGGUGAAGAUAAUGAAGCCAAAGAAGCAUUACUCAAGGAAAAAAACACCCAGAGUGCUCUGGAGAAGAUAAUAGUUACGGGAUACAAAGCUCUUAACCUCAUCUAUUUCUUCACUUCUGGCAAAGAUGAAGUCAAAGCAUGGACAGUACAGGUUGGUACGAAGGCCCCUCAAGCAGCUGGCAAGAUCCACACUGACUUUGAAAAAGGGUUUAUCAUGGCUGAAGUGAUGGCAUUUGAAGACUUCAAAGAAAAUGGCACAGAGGUGGCGUGCAAGGCAGCUGGAAAAUACAAACAGAAGGGACGUGACUACGUUGUCGAAGAUGGGGAUAUUAUAUACUUCAAAUUUAAUGCUGGAGCUGGAUUGACUGGGAAAAAGAAGUGAUCUCUUCACACGUGCCUUGGUGGCAAUUACAAAUAAAUGUAAUUGUAAUACUUAGUAGUCUUGUGUGUACAUUUUGAAGGACUGUUUCAUCACAACCUUGACAUUUGCAUGAAUGUCGGUUUCUCAUGAUCCCUGAUACAUUGUUCUUUAAACAGUCUUCUGUUUUGCUAUGCAAAUGUGUUUAAAAAUGUAAAAAAAAAAAAAUCCAUUUGUAAAAGAUACCAACAGAAUGUAAAAGACGGUAUAUUGCUGGAGAGAUAUUGAGUGGUAAAGUGUAAAUAGUUCAACCAGUAGGAUUUAAUGUGCAGUGGUACAUACAUCCUGUUUCCUGAUUCUAAUAUUGAUCAUUAUCCUCAGCUUUUUGUUCCUGAAGAUUCUCUCAUAACACACAGUUAACUCUUAGACUCUGUACUGUGACAGUAAACGCAAAAGUUUACCAAGUACUGUAAGGGCGCGUUGAUUUUCCCUUCUAGAAUAUUGCUAAAAGCUGCGUAAAGCUAAAGUUACACACAAUUGUUAAUUAGUAACAGCAUAACAUUGUAAAAACUAUGACAUGUUAUAACUUUUUGUUGCUCAUAAUGGUACUGUAAUAGAACGA